AUGGAGAAGGAUCAGAAGGUAGCAUCCGAAGACCCGAAGAUUGAUUUGUUUGAAGACGACGACGAGUUCGAAGAAUUCAACAUCAACGAAGAGUGGGAUGAGAAGGAAGAAGGGAAAGAUUCAGCACAGCAAUGGGAGGAUGAUUGGGAUGAUGAUGAUGUCAACGAUGACUUCUCUCUGCAGCUGAAGAAGGAACUAGAGAACAAUGCUGAGAAGAGCUAG